UAGUGGCAGUUGGCAGUUGGCACUUGGCAGUGCAGCCGCAGAAACAGAUUGCUGAAUGUAGUUGUGUUGUUUUGAAUAGCUUGAGGCAUGUGUAGUUCAUGUGGGUGAUGAGGUUAUGUUGAUUAAACCAAACCAGUAAUUGUAAAUGAUUAAUAAAUAAUCCCAAUGGCAAAAAGUUUCAGUGACUUUAAACUAAAUAAUUGGAUUGUACGUCAGUGCCAAGCAAUGGGUAUUCGACAACCAACUCCUAUCCAGAUAAAUUGUAUACCUCAUAUACUGUCUGGUGGAGACUGCAUUGGAUGUGCAAAAACUGGAAGUGGGAAGACAUUGGCAUUUGCACUACCUAUACUUCAAAAACUGUGUGAAGAUCCUUAUGGCAUAUUUGCUAUCAUCCUUACACCUACUAGAGAGUUGGCUUAUCAGAUAAGUGACACAUUCUCAGCAAUAGGAAAGGCAAUGAACCUGAGGCAGUGUGUGAUCGUGGGGGGAAUGGACAUGGUAAAACAAGGACAAGAGUUAGCCAAGAGGCCUCAUAUUGUCAUCGCAACACCUGGCAGAUUGACAGAUCAUCUAGAAAGCUGUGAUACCUUCUCCUUGAAGCGGAUAAAGUUUCUAGUAUUGGACGAAGCAGAUAGGUUGCUCAGUGGAGCUUUUGAUGAGCAACUACAGACCAUCUUCGGGGUUCUUCCGAAAGAAAAACAAACACUUCUGUUCAGUGCCACAAUGACCGAGGCAUUGGAUACUGUCAAACAAGUGGCUACUAACCAGGUUCUACUAUGGGAGGCAGAAGCUGAAGUAGCGACUGUGGAUCAGCUGGAACAAUUCUAUGUGCUGUGUCCGGUUGCGGUGAAGGAUGGCUACCUCGUAGAAACCAUCCGCACUUACUCAGCAGAACAUUCAAACCCUUCCAUCAUGAUUUUCACUGACACUUGCAAAAACUGUCAGCUGCUCUCUAUCACUCUCAAUGAAGUGGGAUUUGAAAAUGUUGCUCUUCACGGAAUGAUUCCACAAAAGGAACGUCUAGCAUCACUCGCCAGAUUCAAGUCCAAUGUGGUGCGCAUCCUCAUCGCUACUGAUGUAGCUAGCCGUGGUCUAGAUAUCCCUGCAGUGGAGUUGGUUAUCAACCACGACUUACCAAGUAGUGCGACCAGCUACGUACACCGGGUUGGCAGAACUGCACGAGCGGGUCGUAGUGGUACUGCAAUCUCUCUGAUCACUCCCCAUGAUAUCCAGCUUCUCCAGUCUAUUGAACAGACAAUUAACACCAAACUCUCUGAGUUUACAGUUAGUGGGAAAGAAGUGGCAAAAAUCUUUACACAAGUCUCUGUGACAAAAAGAGAGGCAGAAAUAAAGCUGGAUCACAAUGAUUUUGAAGAACGAAAGAAAAUUAAUAAAAGAAAAAAAUUAAUUUUAGAAGGAAAAGAUCCAGAAGAAGAAGAAAAAAGAAUUCUUGAGGAGAAGAAACAAAAGAGGAAACAGUUCAGACUUCUACACAAGAAAAAACUUAAACAGAGACAAAAAGAAAUUAAACAGUUUGUACAAGAAAAUUGUGGCAAGGAAUCUAGUGUUAUAAAAUGAUGAAAAUUAGUUUUA